CCAACAAAAAAUCCAACAAUUUCAAUCUUUUCCCAAAUUCAUCACCACUCAGGCGCAACAAUUCGAACCACCACCUCCUAAACAAAGUCCAAUCCACAAGCUCCAUCUGCUUGCUCCUCCUCUUCACACUCUCCACCCUAUAUCCCCUCCGCCGCCACCACCGCCGCCGCCCGCCUCUUUACAAGGAAUGGGCAAUUUAUACAGAAGAGGAAGCAGAGCAAUGAGGAAACCGAGAAUGUUGAAACUGUUCCUCAGGCUCUUCCACCAUCAAUGGCCGCCCCUUCCGCCGCUCUACAAGCCGCCCGUUUUCGUCAAGCCACUUCCUCCGCCUAUCCCCGUUUACACACCCACCUCUAACCCACCCGUUUCUAAACCCCCAGUUUACAAGCCGCCGAUUUCUAAGCCGCCGCCGCCAGUAUACAAGCCACCCGUCCACAAACCUAAGCGGAAGCCGCCGGUUUCCGUGAAGCCACUUCCACCACCAAUCCCGAUCUAUAAGCCACCGGUUUACGUGAAGCCGCUUCCACCGCUAAUCCCGAUCUCCAAGCCGCCGGUUUAUGUGAAGCCACUUCCACCACCAAUUCCUCUGUAUCCACUACCACCGUCCUGUAAGAAACCUUGCCCACCACUUUAUGUUGCUGUUGUUAUAUUCAAAUUCACCACGAAAUCGAUUAUGAGGGUAGAGGGGAUCUCGUCGGUGCCGCCGUGGUUUAUCUAGAUGAAGAAGAAGCCAGUUCGAAAUGGCCGAUUUGAGUGUAGAAAUGGCGUCGGCAGCCCUUCUUUUU